AUGCUGCGUCGAACGAUUGGUCUGGCACAGUCGAUUGUGUCCAACGUGAUCAACUAUGAUUAUAUGGAUCAAAUAGCGUGCUUUUUGCAAACGAUGGUGAGUAUUCCUUUCCUGACGGAUACUACAUAUUGAUAAAGCCCCAGAAUACUGGUCGAAUACCACAAAACAUGUAAAUAUCUUUAAACCUUAUUUUUAAACCGACCGUUUUAGAACUCGGAUUCGGUCUGCUUCGAACUGUGGAUGAUCUCCAUCGACAACAAAGCGAAAGUCCUCAAAUCGUUCGUCGUACGCGAACCAUAUAUGACACUGAGGGAAGCUUUACAAUAUAUUUUAUUCACUCACGAUGAACUUUCUCGUUACGACGUGAACUCGGCUCACUACGGUCACUCGCCCAUCAUGGGCUUCAGAAUUAAUGGUGACACCGUGAUAACACAGGAUUUCCAAUAUGUGGUUGUCACCAUUUAUGAACAUAAACCACAUUCUCAGGUAGGACUUUCAACUUCUUUAAGAUAUUGUUUUGUAACGUUAUCUUUUUGAUUUUAUUUUUGUACAAUUUAAAACUAAAAUGACAAAACUUAAGUUUCAGAAGUUUAAAUCUAAAAAUUAGUUAGGUCAAAAAUUUUAAAUCCAGGUUUUUAAAUUACGCGCCAAAAUUUAAAUGUGAAUUUUCCCGCAAAAACUGCAAAACCUCUUUUUGUACCAAAUUUUCAGCUAAAAACAAUAAUAAAGUUUAAAAAAUAAUUAAUUGCGUAUUUUAGUGCUCAAUAGGCUGCAAAGUCGUUUCCGAUGAUUCGCACGAUAAUCCCCUAGUUGCCGAGUACUGUAACAUCAUGCUGAAUCAUAACGCCACUGCCAAUUACAUGGUAGAAUGUGUUCUGAAACAGCUGAAUCUUUCAUCAGACGACUACAACAAGUUUACUGUUUAUAAACUUGACAAAAGAGGUUAUGCCACGAUGAAGGAGGAAGAUACAAUGGAGCCCAAUAACCAUGUCGUCAUACUUUUGGAAUACUUUCCUACCGUAAGUUUAAUUUAAAAAUUUAAAAAUAAAAAAAAUAUAUUUCAAAAUGAUUUUUUUUCGUUUUAAAGAGUUCGUUGGUUUAACUAGCUAAGACUACCAAAUGUUAUGUUAACUAUAGCACUUUAGGCAUUGGUUACCCUCACCUUUAAAGACACAACUAUUCACAAGAAAUUUAUUUUGGAAAAGAAGACGACAAUCUCUAAAGCCAUUAAAAGUAUGACAAACAAAAUGGAAAUUGGCACCUACAAUAUCAAAAAAGUUGUGUGCGACUUUGACCAUAGUACAACAUCAAUCGCAGAAUCAGUCGAUCACGUUAUGCAGAAUAACGAACGUUUCAAAGUCGAAAUCGAAGAGGUAGGGACAGAUUUUUAUUUAAAUUGUUUUAUCAAGCUACAAAUUUUAAUUUUAAAUUUUGAAAAUACAAAAUCAAAAAAAAUUUUUUAAGUCAAUUUAAAACUAAAAUAAUGCCCAUUUUAGGUCAGAGUUCCUGUCUUUGUAAAUAUUCAUAGAGGGAGUGAUGUUACUACGCAAGCCUUCGCAGUACCACCUCGAUUUACCGUGAAAACAUUUCGCAAAAAAAUGACUCACAGAUUUAAUUGUGAGUUUAGUGAUAUGGAGCUAUACGACCAAGAUUAUCAAGUAUGGCUUCGAACUAAUGACAAAGACUUGAUCAAAAAGGAAAAACCUACAAAAUGAAGAUAACGAAAAUCCUUUCAAUCGAGGUAAGUCUUAUGGUUUUUAGCUCAAAAUAUUUUAAUUGUGGAUUUUUUAAAUCUUUUUUGUAUUUUUUUAAAAAAGUAUUGAUUUUAAAUAGUUUCGUUAUAAAAAAGAACCACAAUAUUGUUUUAGAAAAUGUCCAAGACAUUUUUGCAAAGUUUUAUUCACUUUUUUAUCAAAAAUUGUGAAGGAAACAAGCCAAAAAGUGUGCCGCAGUCGACAGGAUUCGAACCUGUGCGGGCAGAGCCCAAUUGAUUUCUAGUCAAUCUCCUUAACCACUCGGACACGACUGCACGAGACCUUCCUUCUUCUUUUUUGAAUUAGUUUUGUUUGCGAAGGGGAGGGAAAGAAAACGGCUGUCAUUUGAUUGUUUUUCGCAGUAAAAUUCAAAGUUCUAAUCUUAAAAGAUAAUUUAAUAGACUGAAAUUAUCAAAAAAAGGUCAAAUAGACAUUUAACACAGUUUUUUUGUAAUGAAGGAUAUUGGGUUUACGUUAUAAAGCUAAAAAACUUAAAAGUAUUAAAUUUACUCUUUUAUUUACAAAACAUUUUUAGCCACCAAAAAAACCUGCAAACCCUCCGUCAAUUCCAAAAAGAAAACAACCAGAAUAUAGACAAUGCGAAUCAUCAAUUUCAUACGAUUCAUCUCCUCAACUGUGCCUCACUUACCCACAAGAAGAACUUAAAUUCAUCUUGAGCCCCGACGAUGCCAAAUUCAGCCCGUUUGAUACAGAAGGUGACUACGAGGACUACGUUGCACCAGAUGAAGAAAAGUGGGCACCAGAAGAAGAUGAUAAAGCAGUUGAGAACAGUUAUAUUGCCGAAGACGUGCCUUACAAGGAGAAAGAUGAAGAUUACAGUGACUGCUAUUACUCUGUAUACUAA